AGGAAAAAUUUCAAAAAAAUCGCCGAACCCACCUACCACUUCUUGGUCCAAUUGACGUGGAAUGAUCCAGUACUGCCUACAGCCCUAGCCCUACUGCUUCUCAGUUUCAGCCUUUACGUCGUGUUGGUUCGCUCGUCGCUCGUCGCUCUUCGAUCACGCUCAGUAUCCGUAUCGCAGUCCAACAGCCUCGCUAAUGUUCGCAAAUCACUGUCAAUUCGUCGUUUUUAUGUUUAUAUGCUCUCGUAUUCGUCUACGUUGAGCGUAUAUUUUCAUUUUGUGAUCUGUGCUGUGUAUAUGUGCGUGUGGCGUGUAUGUAAUGCACGGUUUUUUUUUCUCGUCGUUUUCUUUCCACUUCGCGAACGCUUUUAACGUCGACGACGACGCCGACGUGUUCUCGGCAGUUUUGAAAUUGCAAAUUUACGAUAUGGUCGUUUGCGGUGGUGAUGCGAAUGCGAAUGUGAUCGCGAUCGCGUAGUUAGCGUGCUUUUCGUGUUUUCAUAUCCAUGUAGCGACGAAUGCUACUCACGUUCACGUUCAAAAGCGUACAAAAGUCAGUUUCGCACCCAACUAAUUACAUCUUCAGUACAUUUACGACAUGUUGUCGAAUUACCUUUUAUCUUUGACUUUAUUCGUAAUUGUCGAUGCUCAAGUACAAGAAGAAACGUCCAACCAAAUUUGUCCACCAAAUUCUCGAACCAAUAAUGUGCAAGGAUUAUACGAGGUAAUUAACGAUUGUACGGAAGAAGAUGACGAUUCGAACGGCCUCCGAAAAGUCAUGUUUACAAACAAUGUCACUUGCAACGAUGGAACGCCUGCUGGAUUUUACGUGCGAAAGAACGGAAACAGCAAAAAAUGGAUCGUAUACUUAGAAGGUGGAUGGUUUUGUUAUAACGAAGAGAAUUGCCGCGAACGAUGGUCACGCGAUCGUUAUCUCAUGUCGUCGGAGCACUGGACACCGUUCAGAUCUGGUUCCGGUAUAUUAUCCGAUAAUCCGGACGAAAAUCCUUACUGGUGGCAUGCAAAUCACGUAUUUGUUCCAUAUUGUACCAGCGAUGUAUGGAGUGGCAAAAGAACGGAACCUUCCAAGAGUAGCAUGUUUACAUUUAUGGGCGCGUUGAUUAUUAAACAAGUUGUCAAAGAAUUACUUCAGAUGGGCUUGAAAAACGCCAAUUCUAUGAUAUUAGCUGGUAGCAGCGCCGGCGGUAUUGGGGUAAUGCUGAAUUUGGAACCAGUUCAAAGAUUGUUGAUGCGUUACGGAACCAAAGUCAAACUGCACGGCAUCACCGAUUCCGGAUGGUUCCUCGAUCAACCUCCGUUCACGUUGAAUUCGAAUAUUGUAACCCCCGUGCAAGCUGUUAAACAAGGAGUUUCCAUUUGGAGGAGUCAAAUUCCGCAUACGUGUAGAAUGGCGUAUCCCGGAGAGCAAUGGAAAUGUUUCAUAGGAUAUAGAAUUUAUCCUACUUUGUCGGUGCCACUUUUUGUAUUUCAAUGGCUUUUUGACGAAGCGCAACUGGAAGCUGAAAACGUCGGUACUCCAGUCACCAAACAGCAGUGGGAGUAUAUUCAUACGAUGGGCGAGAUACUUCGUAAUUCGUUCCAAAACGUUACAUCUGUAUUUGCACCUUCUUGCAUCUCUCACUCUAUUCUAUCGAGGAAAGAUUGGCAUUACAUUCGCGUCGAUGAUGUAUCACUACCACAAGCGUUACAUUGUUGGGAAAGACAAAUGAAAACCAAGUUUCCCAAAAUUAGCAAAAGAUCAAAUGUUCUUCCUGACGUUGUUUAUAAUUUCACUACGAUGGGUGGAACGAGCGAUAUGAUACAGCAAUCGACUGAACGGCUUCCAUCAUCUUCAACUAAACCACGAAAGAAAAAAAGAAGAUCCAAGCAACGCAAGAAUUCGAAAAAACAUAAAAAAAGAAAUUUAUUGAAAAACGGUUUAUCGAUCUCGUGUUCAUCUCGCUUAAUAGAACGAUGCUCGUGGCCUCAAUGCAACCACUACUGUCCAAAAUUACAAAACCCCAUAACAGGCAAAAAAUUAGAUCUCGUGGAAUUGCUGAAAUCGUUUGGUUUAGAUAUGACGAAUGCUGCUACCGAAUUGGGUGUAGAUAUACAUACGUUGAACAAUAUGGGACAAAGAGAACUCAUUAGUCUUCUCACUCAGCAAGUGUAAUUAAGUUUAAACUCGUAAUUGGAAAUUCGCAUUUCUGUAUCGACCUAGUCCAAAAAAAAAUCGAAUCGUUACUAGAUUGUUAAUUGUUACUUUGUUGAAAUAAUUUUAAUUGAUGUUAUCAUUCAGGGAGAUAGUUAUACCUAAGUGUUUUUUUUCCUAUUAUUGUAAUACGUCUACGAGAAUCCGGUUCAGUUCAUAAAAUUUUGUCUAGGUAUAAUAUUUUAUGCGUUGUAAAGUACCUACAUAAAAGUAGAAAAAAAGCGAAAUCUCGCUAAAUGGCUACGAAAAAGAGAACAAGAAUUUAUAAUACGAGUAACAAAAGCUUUUUGAGAAUAAGUAGAUGAGCUGAAAAUGUAGUUAUUGAUGUUUCCGUAGGUAGGUAUGCGAGUUGAAAUAUUAAUUUUUUUUACUACCUUACGUGUUACUACUAAUUCGUUAUAUAUUGUGUUCAGUUUUUUAUAAGAAUUGAGUAUCAUUAAAAUAUUUUAGUAUUUCAGUUAUACUAUAUUUUACACAGGUUACCACUAUACCAAGGCGUUGAUAAUGUUUAUUAGUACGUUAACAUUUACAAUCUCGUUUUAUUUCCAUUUUUUGUUCAAUUUAUUUUUAACAACUUGUACGUUAAUUGUUUAUAAUAUGCUAAAAAUGUGUCGUGUAAAUUUGUAUGUAAUAAAUAGGUUGUAACUCGCUAAUUAAGAUCAGUAUUAGGCUCUCUUUCCGUACUCUGUUUUUUUUUUUUUUUUUUUUUCGCGAAUCCGGGGUAUUUUUAAUCUUAUUUCGAAAACAGCAAAUUGAUGACUGAUGAGUGAUGUUUAAUUUGGUUUUCUAAAAAAUUCGUUAUCUUCGUAAUAUUGUGUUGAAAUAAUUGUCGAAUGUGAAGACGAAUAAUUCGACUAUUUAAUUUAUCGAUUCCUCGCCCCAGCCUUUCUCAAAAGAAAAUCCGAUUCCCAACUAAUUGCCGAAUGAAUUGAAUAAUUUAAUUGUAACCUAUUUUCUAGAUUAUGAUGUAUACUUACUUGUUAAUCUAGGUACGUAAUUUUUUCUCGUACUUACUCGUCGAGUAUUGUUUUAAUUUUGUUUGUCAGUCGAAUUUUUUAGCACUCGAGUUACUCGGUGCGUUUACUUCUUAAGUAAAUUAUAAAAUUGUAAAAUCGUGAAAAAAAUAAAAUGAUUUUACGAUUGAAAACUUCAACUUCUAGAGAUAUUACAAUCAACUCCGAAGUGAUCAGAACUUGCAAUUUGU